AUGAGCCUCCACGAGAAGACUCUAGAAGCCCAUAUGCGUGAUCCACCUAUUUCCUCCGAGUCCCAGAACUCCUACCCCCAUGACGAAAAGAACGCCAGUCGUUACGACGAAGAUCUCACCUCCGAUAGUUCAUCGGCUAUUUCCUUUCCCAGCAGCUACGGCAAUACCUCCACCGCAACAAGGGACACUCCACCACCGCCAUAUUCUCCCCGUCACUCUGCAAUGUUGAGUCGGUCACGGUCCAUGUCUAUCUCGUCCGCUAUGGCGGUCAUCAUUAACCCGCCGCCUGCCGCUCGCAUGGACGGCUCACGGACUGGACCUACAUACUCUGAGGAGGAUGACCGGUCUAUUCGUCGUCAUCGACGAGUCUCUUGGGAGAGCCGGUGA